GGUCUGGUCCGGUUGCGCGUGUCCAGUGCCAGUGGUGAUCACGCCCUGUCAUCCGCUUGUCCCGCUGCCCUAGGGAAGAGUAGACACGCUCGCCGUACGGUAUUCUACAACUCAACCCCCAUCCUGUUCCCUGUUGCAACUUCCGCGUAUCUGCACUUGCACUAUUUGCAGAGACUGGGCUUCUGGGAUGUGCUUUACCUGCGGCCCUCCGACAAGGCCUCGUUCGACCUGGUGAAGAAGCUGUUUUUUGUAGGUUCACCAGGGAGGCGUACUGGCCUAUUGGGCGGCUCGCCACAGUUCGCCGUGAACAGAGGCAUGACCACUACCGAGGAGCUGUGGUGCGGAGCGCCACCGCCGUUUACGGACGCCGUCAUUGCGCCACCGCCUGGACACGAGGACCAGCAGCAAUCCUUGCACUCACCCUCGCUACCUGCGACACGGCCGCCGCCGGAGAUGCUGGCGCUACCCACCAGUCCGGCGCUGGUUACCGGUGCGGCGCCGGCCGUGCAGGUGGCGCUCGCCGGCGGCAACCUGCGGGAGGGCCAGCUCCGCUUCCUGUGGCCUGCGUCCGCGGCCCAGCUGCCAUGGACCGCCGCGUCUCCCGGCACACCUGCCUCGGCGGGCGGCACGGACUGGGUGUGGGCGGUGGCGUGUGAGAUAGAUGAUGCAGUGGCGCGCGUGGCGUGCCGGCAACUGGGGCUGAACCACACCGGCGCCAGCGCGGACGGCUUCCCCAUUACAUGGAACUCUGUGAAGGUGUGGCCUGCCAUGCGAGUCACGGGCCCAGACAGCCUCGUCAGCAACCGGCCCUUGUUCCUGGGCACCUCGGGCAUGGAGGCGAACAGCCCGGUGUACGGCAUGUGGCGCAUCACCUGCUCGGGGGAGGAGGCGGCACUGCAGGAGUGCACGUUCGAGCGCUUCCUCGGCACCCGCUACGACUACAAGUGCGAGGAGCGUUUUUACUGGGACCUGCUUAAGGACUACCGCGCAGGAGUGGAUCCAUACGACGACGACGACGACACCCGGAGCGGUGACGUCGCAACCGAGGCCGUGGCGGGCGGCGUGUACUGUGGCGCCGCAUGAAUGAAUGGCGAUGCCCAUGAAGCGAUUGCGCCAUCCUACUUGGCGCAAACAGCAAGGAUUGAUGAGGCACACACCUACCUGUAUUCACUGCGGGGCAGUACAUCCAUGCGUGGCUCCUGCUCUUUCAACGGCAUCCUGCGCGCCCUUCCCGAACACCCUGAACAGCAUUUGCCAGGCCAGAUCAGCUCUCAUAUCCACGUGACGUUCAUGAUGCGACCCACGUAGGGGCGGUGCGGGGAGGGCGUGCACAGAUUGAGUACCAUGUGCACCAGUAUGUGCCUUGCGACGGGACAGCCAGGGACAGCGCAGCAAUGCCCCGCGGGGCUGCCGCCGCAACCCACUGGCCGCUACCGGGGCAGGCUGUUAGCGGAGGGGAUGGCGGCAGCUGCACAGCACCGCUCCUGCACUUGAUCCGUGAAGGUGCCGAAUGCUCUAGGUAUUCCAGGGUGCGGGGGCGUGUACGAAUGCGAGUACGUCACAAAACACAAUAUGAUCCACGCACAAGGGCUUGAGCCUUAAGGCGAGCCCAUGCCACUCGCUUGGGCAGCUCAAAUUGGUGUACGCGCCCGGGACUCUGUUAUUGACGAGUGUUGCGGAACUAAUGCGUACGUAGACCAGAGCGGAAGGCGGAGUGGGCUUGCAGGCGGCACGAGAGUAGGCAGUCAGUAGCGCAAGUUGCGAAUUCACAUGUUACCUCGUAACCGACGGUAAACGCUGUGGACGGUCGCGCCCAUGGCUGGCUGACGGAAGGUGGCUGCUGUAUUGGGAUGGCUGGGCUGGACGACGCCGGCCGGGCUGGUGUUGGGACUACCAGAAAGGAUGCGCCCGAAACCAACCUGGAGAACACCAGCGCCACCGGUGCCCAGCACGACAUGUAAGGGAGGGAGGGAGGGACAGGAGGCGUGAUGCACUGCAGCGUAGAAGCUAUGGCGCUAGGCGCGAGGCAAGCAACGUCAACCCCACAGCAACCGCGAGGACAUGGUGCGCAAGCCGGGCUGCGGGCUGUGGCUGUGCGCUGCGCGGGGUGACUAAAACGAAGAACAAGCUAAGUACGGGGAAGUGAUGGAUGCGGUUAAUUGAGCAAAGGGCGCCGGGCGGCCGAGGAAGUAACGACAGCGCGACGCUGCAUGGCUCAUCCCGGUC